UCUUCUUUGAUGCUACAAUGUCUAUGAGACCUUCAAUCAUGAUGCACAUUAGUAAACUCACACUCUUGUUUCUGUUCAUUACUUUUUCAGCAAAAUCUGCUGAGAAUGAGAGUGAAGUCUCUUAUUUUGAUCACUGCUCUUCUGUUGUUCCUGAAUCUGUCCCCAACUCUGAAUCUUACAAUGAUAGUUUUGGAGCAUUUGAUGGAUAUGGCCCUGGUUAUUACAUUGGUGGAAAUGGAAUUCUCAACCAGAAGAUCACCGGAAUCUCGAAUCAGUUCUCGUUCGAGACCGGAUAUGCGUCUAGAACCGUUGCAGAUGGCGUGUGGAAGAUUAAAGGAAUCCUUACAUUUCAUGGAUCAUAUGAUCCUGUACUGUUAAGUCCAUUUCAUUUGAAUCUCCAUGGAUUCUGGUCUGAAUUCUCUGGGAAUCUAUGUAUGGUGGGAACAGGCCCUGCUUACUCUAAAGAAGGUAAUUUGCUUACUCCUUCAGCAGUUUUUAAGCUUAGAGAUCUCAGGAAUUCAAGUAACAUCACUGCUUUGAUUACCGGAACGUUAGACAGUCUAAGUUCUAGUGAUGGGGUGGACUACUUUGAACCGAUUUCCAUGAUCAUGUUUCCGGUGUCGAAUUACGAGUACGCUUUCGAUUCGAGAGAAUUUGAAGAUGAGUUUUCUACUGAAAGUGAUGCCUUGAUGAGUUUUCCAUCCAGUGAACUUCCAAGUAGAAGUUUUUGCUCAAUGAUGUUGGGAAAUGUAAAUGAAUUUGAGUUGCAGUAUACAAGUGACUGCACUUCUGGGAAGCAAAAUUGCCUUCCGGUUGUUUGGUUGAAUGGCUAUUCACCUCGUUUUCUGUCGUUUUCGAGCAUUAGAUGUUCAGAGGUCGAAAAGAGAGUUCGGGUUUUGGUCGAAUUUAGAAACACUAGCCAUGUUGGAAAAUACCCUUCUUUCAAUCCAUACACAACGUUGAUCGGAGAAGGAACAUGGGAUGAUAAGAAAAACCGGCUGUUCGUUUUCGUUUGUCGGAUUUUAGACAUCAGAGAAUCAUGGUCUAAUGCUCAUGUCGGUGAUUGCACAACAAGGUUGAGCUUCAGGUUCUCUGCAGUUUUGUCUAUUCAAGAUACUAGCAGCACCAGGGGGCAAAUUUGGACCACGAAAACUGCGAACGAUUCUGGUUACUUCAAUCGCAUCGCGUUCCGAAGUACUGGGAAUCCUAUACAGGGAGUUCCUGGUUUGAAGUAUGAAUACACGGAGUUUAACAGAGUAAAGAAUCUAUGCCUGAGAAAUGUGCGACCAUUGAGAAACAAGGCACAAAGAUAUCCAAGUGGACAUUCCACAAAUAUGAAAUUCGACAUGUUGGUUACAAGUUCAGAGAGAAAACAUGGAUGGGGUUCGGCAAAUCCUCUCGAUAUCGAUGAUCAGUUGCCUGCAGCAAGGCUUAUCAAUGUUAGCUACGAAGUGAGCAUCACAUUAGAAACUCCUAGAGAAGAUGAUAAUGGAGUUUAUUUUGCUUAUAUUGAACAGAAACUGGAGAUUACAGCUGAAGGGAUUUAUGAUUCUGAAACCGGGACAUUGUGUAUGGUUGGUUGCAGAAAAUCGGGAUCCGAAAAUCAAGUGUUGGACAAUGCUUUUAUGGAUUGUGAAAUUCUUUUGAACUUUCAAUUUGCUCCAUUGGAACCAAAUCAAAAUGAAGGAUAUAUCGUGGGAAGCAUCGAAAGCACACGGAAAAGUUCUGAUCUUCUUUACUUUCAUCGUCUAGAUGUGUCUUCAGCGACCUACAAAACUGAUCAACGAAAAUGUUUGAUUUGGACAAUGGACGUUGAGACUACAAAGGUUCUAUUAACUAACACACUAAUGUGCAUCUUUGUAGGAUUGCAGCUUUAUCAUGUGAAGAAGAACCCCAAAGUACUGCCCUCCAUUUCACUUGUUAUGCUUGUGAUUCUAAACUUGGGCCACACGGUUCCUCUUGUACUAGACUCCGAAACCUUGUGCUCACACAAAGUUUUGCCCCACAAUGGUGGAUUGAUCGGAUUAAACGAAGUGAUCGUGACAACAGUUAUGGUCGUCACUUUCCUACUACUAUUUCACCUUCUCCAAUUAACGGCCUCCGUUAGAUCGCACGACAGCAACCGGAAGACGUUGUGGUAUGCAGAAGAAAAAACCCUACUCGUGAUUGCAUUUCUAUAUGCUGACGGGGCCAAAUUCAUGCUGCUUACCGCCUGGGAGAAUCGCAGACCUCAUGUUGCGUUGCUCCUCUCGUCGUAUGGGCAACAUUCCAUCUGCAAUUACCUAAAAUCUUAUGCAGGUUCAAUCUUGGACAGUUUUCUUUUGCCUCAAGUACUUGUCAACAUGUUCUCUAACUCGAGACAGAAGGCUCUCAGCUGCUCGUUCCUUAUCGGGAUCACUUUCGUUCGAUUGGUUCCACAUGCAUACGAUCUUCAUUGCAAUCUCAGCAAUGUUUCAUUGAAUCCUGACCGUUCUGUCUCUGCUGCUUGGGAUGUUACUAUGUUGUGGGGGCUCCCUGUGCUUGCUGCAAUCAUUUUUGUUCAGCAAAAGUCUGGUGCUCAUUGCAUUCUUCCCUCUAGACAGUUGGACUUGGACAAUUAA